AUGUCGUUCCGUGUUGCUGCUCGCAGGGUGCCCACUCUUGCCCUUGCGCGACCCACCGUCGCUCCUCGUGCGGCUGCUACCUCGGCCGCUACCAUGCGUCUCUACAGCGACAAGCCCUCGCCUGAGGCGCGCGCCAGCUCCAUCAUCGACUCUUUGCCUGGCAACUCGCUCGUCAGCAAGACCGGCUGGGUUACCCUCGGUACCGGUCUCACCGCUGUCGCCAUCAGCAAGGAGAUCUAUGUUGCCAACGAAGAAACUGUCAUCCUCGUCGGUUCGCUCAUCUUUGCUGUUCUCGUCGGCCGUGCUAUCACUGGCCCUUACAAGGAGUGGGCCGACUCCCAGAUUGAGAAAAUCUCCAAGAUCCUCAAUGGCGCUCGCGCCAAGCACACUGAAGCCGUGCAGUCGCGCAUCACCUCUGUGGAGUCGCAGAAGGACGUGGUUGGAUUGACUCAGGCUCUUUACUCGGUUGCUAAGGAGACCGCACAGACCGAGAAGGAGGUGUUUGAGCUGCGACAAAAGACGGCGCUCGCCGCCGAGGUCAAGUCGGUGCUCGACUCGUGGGUGCGCUUCGAGGCGAGCGAGCGCGAGCAGGAACAGCGCGAGCUGGCAGCUAGCGUGAUCAAGAAGGUGCAGGACUCUCUCAACGACGACAAGCUCCAAAAGCAGAUCUUGGACAACGCUGUCGCUGAGAUCGAGAGCCUGGUCAAGUCCAAGGCUAUUUAA